AUGGCUUUUUGCGACAAUGCUGCAGUGUUCAUUUUGAUUUUCUUACUCACCUUACUGCUAAAUCCUUGCAAAGCAUUUGAUCAAGUUCUUUGCAUUCCUAAUGAGCGACAAGCCCUUCUUACUUUCAAGCAACAUCUUCUUGAUCCUUCAAACAGGCUUGCCUCCUGGUCUAGUAACACAAAUUGUUGCAAUUGGACAUCAAUUGUUUGCGAUCAUGUAACAGGUCAUAUUCUCAGGCUUGAUCUCAAAACUUCAAUCCCCUCCUCAAAUUGGAACUCAGAAUAUGAUUCUUAUGACAGAUCAAGGUUGGGUGGUGAAAUACAUCUUUCAAUACUUGAUUUGAAAAGUCUAAGUUACUUGGAUUUGAGUGGCAACUAUUUUGAAGGAGAUUUUCCUCUUUGCUUGAAGAAUAGUAAUAAAUUGGUAUUCUUGGAUUUUAGAGAGAAUCAAUUUUCAAGAAUCAUUCCACCGUGGGUUGGAGACACUCUUUUAAAUUUGAAGGUGUUUCUCCUUACAUCAAACAAAUUCAGUGGUAAGAUUCCAUGUCAAAUGUAUUCUUUGAGUUCUCUCCAUAUCUUGGAUCUUGCACAAAACAACUUGACAGGACCAUUACCAAAAUGCAUCAAUCACUUGAGUUUUAUGGUAGUAAAGAAUACCACUUUAGAAUCUAACAUGUAUGGCGAAGGAAAUGGAGCCAUUGUUCCCAUAACCAAUGCGCUUCUUGAGUUGAAAGGAAGAGAUGAUGUAUAUUGGACGCUGGGCCUCAUCACAAGCAUAGACCUUUCUAAUAACAAAUUAUUUGGCGAGAUACCGAGAGAGAUUACAACUCUUAAGGGGUUGCAUUUUUUAAACUUGUCCAACAAUCUUUUGAGUGGUGAAAUUCCUCAAAGUAUUGGCAACAUGGGAUCCUUGGAGUCAAUGGACUUAUCCAAAAAUCAACUUUAUGGUGAAAUCCCGUUAAGCAUGUCCAAUUUGAAUUUCUUAAGCAAGUUGAACUUGUCUUUCAACAAUUUGAGGGGGAAAAUUCCAAUGGGAACUCAAUUGCAGAGCUUUGAAGCGUCUUGUUUUGUGGGCAAUGAUCUCUGUGGGCCUCCACUACCAAACAAUUGCACUGAUUUGUACAGUCCCCUGAACCAUGACAAAAAUGACAAAGAAGCUAAAAGAAAUGAGAUCAAUUGGUUUUUUUGUGAGCAUGUCAUUGGAAUUUGUUUCAGGAUUUUGGGCAAUAAUUGA